ACCGUAAACAGGGGUUGUUUAAGUGAAACGUUGAGCUCAAGAGCGGGACCAACCCGCCAUUAAUGCACACUACCCUCUCCCUCCUUCCCACCUUCCCACCUUCUUUCUCUUCAUUUCCAAAUAACCCCAUUUUUUCAAUCCAUCCAUCUCUUAUUCUCUUACGUAUCGAACUCAAAUCCAAGGAUUUUUAAGUCAACUUGCUUGCUCUGUUUCUCUUUGAGCUUAUAUUGUUAGCAGCCAUUAUUAGUCCAACUCCAAAAGCACAAAACCCACCUCACUCUCCUGUGUCCCUCUCUAAUUCGACCAGACAUAAAGAGGCAGAGAAUUCGGAGAAAGGGUUGUUGCUUUUCUUCUGUUCUUUUCAUGGGGGUCUGCUGGAGCGCCCAGAUCAAAGCUGAGAGCCCGUUAAACACAGGUUCAAAGUUCGGUAAUAAUGAUGGAAGUACAAGCAGCAAGGUCUCUGCAAUUUCAGCACCUCCAACUCCUCGGACAGAGGGUGAGAUCCUGCAGUCAUCCAAUUUGAGGAGCUUCAGUUUUUCUGACCUCAAAUUGGCCACGAGGAACUUCCGUCCUGAUAGUGUGUUAGGAGAAGGCGGCUUUGGUUCUGUUUUUAAAGGGUGGAUUGAUGAAAAUUCAUUUACAGCCGCAAAGCCUGGGACUGGCAUAGUUUUGGCUGUGAAACGGCUUAACCAAGAAAGUUUCCAGGGUCACAGGGAGUGGCUGGCAGAAGUGAAUUAUUUGGGCCAGUUCCAUCAUUCUAAUCUUGUGAAACUAAUUGGCUUCUGCUUGGAAGAUGAGCAACGCCUUUUGGUAUAUGAAUUCAUGCCUCGAGGCAGCCUGGAAAAUCAUUUGUUCAGGAGAGGUUCUUACUUUCAACCUCUUUCUUGGACCCUCCGCAUGAAGGUUGCCCUUGGUGCUGCAAAGGGGCUGGCUUUUUUGCAUAGUUCCGAAACAAGGGUGAUAUAUCGAGACUUCAAGACAUCUAAUAUCCUACUUGAUUCGAACUACAAUGCAAAGCUGUCGGAUUUUGGCUUGGCCAAGGAUGGGCCAACAGGUGAUAAAAGCCACGUCUCUACUAGGGUGAUGGGGACAUAUGGAUAUGCAGCACCAGAAUAUCUUGCCACAGGUCAUCUUACUGCCAAGAGUGAUAUCUAUAGUUUUGGAGUUGUCUUGUUGGAGAUGUUAUCUGGACGGAGAGCAGUUGACAAGAAUAGGCCAUCUGGUGAGCACAAUCUGGUUGGGUGGGCUAAACCCUUCCUGGCAAACAAGCGCAAGAUCUUUCGUGUCAUAGAUAACCGUCUCGAAGGCCAGUAUUCAAUGGAUGGAGCUUAUAAGGCAGCUACGCUUGCAUUACGAUGCCUCUCCACAGAAUCCAAGCUCAGGCCAACCAUGGAUGAGGUUGUAAAAGCACUGGAGCAACUGCAAGAUUCCAGUGUCACCACCACCAAUCAGAGCCAGGCACAUAGGAUGCGCAGGCGAAGUGCAGACGAUGUUAGCAAAGCAAGGCGUGCAUCUAUAGAUGAAGCUAAUAAAGCAAGGAAUACCGUCGCUUAUCCUCGGCCAUCAGCUUCGCCCCUAUAUGCUUAAGCUGUUUUGUUGAACAAAAUAGCCCAAGCUGCAAUAUACCACUGUUUGUCCGGUGACUGUAUAGUUCGUUCUGGCUAAUGUAUUCUACCCUCCCCUUGACAAAUUAGUAGCAGAGGCUCUAAAAUGUGCAGGGCCAGUGAGAUGAGCCCUGCCCAGAAUGUAGUGUGUUGAAGUGUUUAACCACCACAUUGGAAAAGUAGCAUGGAAAAUUAGGGAUGCAAAGUACUUUUGUACGACUGAUUCACCAUCCAUUUUUCUCUUGCAUGGGGUUGUAUUUAUUUCAUUUUUUGCUUCUUUAUAAGGCGGAUUCUUUGGCUUCCUUAAUCGGUUAAGUUUUCUUGUGCUA